AUGGCGGAGAAGGAGCUCGAGCGGAUGGAGAGAGCGAAGGACGGCCGCAAAAAGGAGCCUGUGUUCGACGCCGCAGCCGAGUUUGCGAAGCUCACCAACUCGCGCUCCGGCGGGGUGUACAUGCCCCCGGCGCGUCUACGGGCGAUGCAGGAGGAGGCGGGGAAGGACAAGACGAGUGCGGAGUACCAGAGGCUCUCUUGGGACGCCCUCCGCAAGUCUAUCACCGGUAUUGUCAACCGAGUCAACGUCGCGAACAUCAAGAUGGUCGUGCCGGAGCUCUUCCAAGAAAACCUCAUCCGUGGACGAGGCCUGUUUGCGCGGAGCGUCAUGAAAGCCCAGGCGGCAAGUUUGCCCUUCACUCCAGUUUUCGCUGCCCUCGUGGCCAUCAUCAACACAAAGCUUCCGCAAGUCGGAGAGUUGCUUUUCACGCGGUUGAUCAGUCAGUUUAGGCGGUCGUUCAAGCGGAACGACAAGAUCGUCUGUCACUCGACGACUACAUUCAUCGCGCACCUCGUCAACCAAAGCAUCGCCGACGAAAUCAUUGCUCUCCAAAUCCUCGUCCUCCUCCUCGAGCGCCCGACGGACGACUCCAUCGAGAUUGCGGUGGGCUUCAUGCGUGAAGUCGGCGCGUUCUUGUCGGAGAACUCGCCAAAAGCCACCGCCAGCGUCUUCGAACGCUUCCGCGCAGUUCUGAACGAAGGCACCAUCAGCCACCGUGUACAGUACAUGAUCGAAGUCCUCAUGCAGGUUCGCAAGGACAAGUUCAAGGACAACCCGAUCAUACCCGAGGGGCUGGACUUGGUCGAGGAAGACGAACAGAUCACACACCGGAUUCAGUUGGAAGAGGAGCUGCAAGUGCAGGAGGGGCUGAAUAUCUUCAAGGCUGAUCCCAACUAUCUGGAGAACGAAGAGCGAUACAAGCAGAUCAAGGCGGAGAUUCUCGGGGAGGGAUCGGACGACGACGAGUCUGGGUCUGGGUCAGAGGACGAGGAUGACGACGACGACGAUGAUGAGGAAGCGGUCGCGGAAAAGGAGGGCAUUGAGGAUCGAACACAGACGAAUCUCAUCAACCUUCGCCGAGUCAUCUACCUCACCAUCAUGAAUUCUGUCAACUACGAGGAAGCCGUACAUAAGCUCCUCAAGGUGCAAAUCAAGGAGGGUCAGGAGAUCGAGCUUGUCAAGAUGAUCAUUGAAUGUUGCUCGCAAGAGCGGUCUUACAUCCCCUUCUAUGGACUCGUCGGCGAACGUUUCUGUCGGCUCAACCGCGUAUGGUUCGACUGCUUUGAACAAGCUUUCCGCGAGUACUACGAAACUGUCCACCGGUACGAGACGAACCGUCUCCGCAACAUCGCUCGCUUCUUCGGCCACCUUCUCGCAUCCGAUGCGGUCUCGUGGAACGUGCUCGACUGCAUCCAUCUCACCGAAGAGGAUACCACAUCAAGUUCACGUAUCUUCAUCAAGAUUUUCUUCAGCGAGGUCACAGAGAGUAUGGGUCUGAAGACGGUCUCGGAACGCUUCAAGGACAAUGAAGUUCAAAUGUCGUGUCGAGGCAUGUUUCCUUUGGAUAACCCGAAGGACACUCGGUUCGCAAUCAACUACUUCACUUCCAUCGGACUUGGUGCGAUCACCGAAGACAUGCGCGAGCAUUUGAAGGUAUGUGCUCACGUUUUUGAGGAUCUUCGAUGUUACUGA